AUCAGUUUACUCAGGUUUACCACCGAUGCAGUUCUGAAUGUGUUCUUGGAUGUUAGGAUUACAAUGAGUGGGAGAGUUAGCAGCCCAUGAUCUCAGUUGGUCAACGCAGAGCCAGAUCUGAAAGAUGUUCGUGGUGAAUAAAUUAAUGGUGGAAGUAUAAAAGAACAAAAGCAGCUAGAUAGUGAAGCCAGCGUCUUAAUUGUACGGCAGCAAUUUGUCUCAAUCAGACAGCAGACACAAGGCUGUGAAACAAAAAGACUCGAGCUUUGAGCUCCCCCCUCUGCGAAUCAGGACAAGCGUUGGUGGAUCGAUCCAUGUGGACGGAGAGCCCGCUGCUCCGGGACGCCGGCGCCGCCGUGCUCACCGGAGCCGCCGCCUUGGCCGUGCUCCGCGUCUGGGAGGAGGUCGGCAACCGCGCCCUCUUGGACCAGAAACUCUGCAGGAAGCUGGUGCACAUAAGUGCUGGCCUAGUGUAUUUCCUCAUGUGGCCUUUGUUCAGUGCUGAUGAUGUGUAUGCUCCAUUUCUUGCUGCAAUUGUCAUUGCACUCAACAUCGUAAAGGUGAUCCUGAUUGGACUUGGUGUGGUUAAGGACGAGGGUGUGGUUAAUUCAAUGACAAGACAUGGAGACCAUAGAGAGCUUCUGAAAGGUCCACUGUAUUACGCAUGUGCUAUAGCUCUCACUACUGUGGUCUUCUGGAGGACAUCUCCCAUUUCGAUUGCUGUGAUUUGCAAUUUGUGUGCCGGGGACGGCGUGGCUGACAUAGUCGGGAGGCGUUUGGGCCACGCGAAGCUCCCCCACAACCGCGACAAAUCCUACGCCGGAAGCGUCGCAAUGUUCUUCGCGGGCUUUGUCGCAUCUAUCCUUUUCAUGUGCUACUUCCACCUGUUCGGGUUCGUCGAUGAGCUGAGCUGGGCCGUGGUUGGUGCCUUUGGUGCCACGUCCCUCGCUGCAGCAGUCGUCGAGUCGCUGCCGGUCAGCACGAGCCUCGACGACAACCUGACGGUGCCGGUCGCCUCGGCGCUCGUUGGUGCCCUGGCUUUCUACUUCGUUGGAGGUGCCGGAAACCUGUGCUGCGGUGGCAAUGGAGGAGUCUCUGCAUUCGAUGAGGUGGCCGUCCUUGCACUUGCAGGCAGCAGCUAUUAGCAAGCCGGCACUGCAAUGAUCAACUGUGGUUUCUGUUUUCUGCAACUGUAAUUGUGGAUCAAUUACAGUGUGUGCCAGUGUCAGUUGUGUAAGAAGAAUGGUUGUUAACUUGUAUUUUUCAGAAUCCAGAGGAAAAGCACUGUUGUUGACUGUGCUAUACUCUCAGUUCUGAAUUAGAUUGCAUUAGCAUGACGAGACACAGAA